CAAUUCCUCAAUUCAAAAAAUUCCAAACAAACCCUAGCUAACAUGGCUGUCCUCCGAUCACAACGUUCUCAUCUCAAUCUCCACCUUCCCUUAACCAGACUCUCCAACGCUCCACCUCGCAUCUCUCUCCCACUACUACCUCCCACUUCCACCGCUGCCCCCACCGAAUGCAACUGCUCAUCUUCCUCCGCCCCUAUCUCACCCGCUGAUCUCGAUAAGAUUCAAGUUCUCGGAAGCGGCAAUGGCGGAACAGUCUACAAAGUCCGCCACAAGGAAACCUCGGAAGUCUACGCUUUGAAAAUCAUCCACGACAAUUUCGAUUCAAAUUUCCGCCGCCAGCUUAACCCCGAGAUGGAGAUCCUCCGCUGUACGGAUUCACCUCACGUGGUCAAAUGCCACAGCAUCUUCCAAAAUCCAUCGGGAGAGUUUGGUAUAGUCAUGGAGUAUAUGGAUUCGGGAACCCUAGAGAAUGUUCUCAAAUCGGAAGGAGCUUUCUCUGAGUCCAAAGUCGCUGACGUGGCAAAGAAACUUCUCAACGGUCUUCACUACCUUCACUCGAACAAAAUUAUUCAUCGUGAUAUCAAACCAGCCAAUCUGUUAGUGAAUUCGAAUAUGGAAGUUAAGAUCGCCGAUUUCGGGGUAAGCAAAAUCCUCGGCCGUACUUUGGAUACUUGUAAUUCUUUUGUCGGAACGUGCGCUUACAUGAGUCCGGAGAGGUUCGAUUCGCAAACUUACCAUGAAAAUUAUGACGGUUACGCCGGAGAUAUCUGGAGUUUGGGUGUGACUCUAAUGGAGCUUUAUAUGGGUCAUUUUCCGCUACUUCCGCCAGGCGAGAGAGCUGAUUGGCCUACUUUGAUGUGCAUUGUAUGUUUCGGUGAGCUGCCGAGUCUGCCCGAAGGCGUUUCGGAUGAGUUUAAGAGUUUCGUUGAAUGUUGUUUGCAAAAGGAAUCAAGUAAAAGGUGGUCUGCCUCCAAAUUGUUAACUCACCCAUUUGUCUGUAAAGAUUCUACAUCAGAAGAACAGUAAACCUGAUCAACUCGAAUGGAGAAUAUUUGGAUCCGAAAAUUAAUACAGAUUUGUUUUUUUUUUUAUUAAUAUUGUAAGCUGUAAAAAUACUUGGUGGAAUUCAGAUUAAUGAGUACAUUUUAAUUGGGAUCUAACCUUAACGAAAACGAAUAUUGUAUGGAACAUUGUUUGUUACAUAUAUAUAAAUUUCAAUUUUGUAAG